CCCACUCGUACUUUUUGUCGGCGAGCAGAACUGUCAACCUCUGGCCAGCCAGACCUUGACAACGCUUCCACUCCACUCUGGGUAACCUGUAGUCUAGAGUCUGUCUCAUGUUGCUCUAGUAGCCCAAUUUUCCGGCAUAAAAUAAUUCUCCCGGCUUUACAGUCUGCCUUUUCACAGAGCAAGCUAUAUCUACCGCUUCUCAAACAAAAUAAAUAGGCUUACAAAAGCUUAUUUGAAAAGAAACUUUACAUUUUUAUUUCAACUUUGCUAAAAGGUAUCAUUAUUACCAUGUCUGGCGAAGAAGCACCUGCUCAACAGCAGAAACCCGAAGAACAAAAGCAAGAGACCAAAGCCAACGAAGAGCCUAAACCAGAGACCAAGGAGGAGACCACGCCAGCAGCUGAUGCAUCAGCCGCGCCUGCGGCUACCGAAAAACCUCCUGAAGAAGAGGUCUUUACCUACCGGGCACUGGUUCUCUCCGGCUAUGGAGGAUACGAUAAAGUCAAGUUGCAGGUUAAGAAGGGGAUGCCGACCCUCAAGAAUGGAGAGGUGCUGGUGAGGGUAAAGGCGUGUGGUCUGAACUUCGCAGAUUUGUUGGGAAGACAGGGUCUGUAUGACCGGCUGCCGUCCCCGCCCGUUACGCCCGGGAUGGAGUGCUCCGGGGUAAUUGAGGCUUUAGGAGAAGAAGUAACGGACAGAAAAGUGGGGGACAAGGUGCUGGUUCUGAACCGCUGCGGGCUGUGGCAGGAGGUGGCGGCCGUGCCGGCCAGCCACACGUUCGCCAUGCCCGAGGGGAUGAGCUUCGAGGAGGCGGCCGCCAUCCCCGUCAACUACAUCACUGCCUACAUGAUGCUGUUCGACUUCGGCAACCUACGGCCCAACCAGAGCGUGCUCGUCCACAUGGCGGCAGGUGGCGUGGGCAUCGCGGCUACGCAGCUGUGCAAGACCGUCAAGGACGUGAGCGUGUUCGGCACGGCGUCGGCCAGCAAGCACGAAGCUAUCAGCCAGGGCGGAGUCGCGCACGCCAUCGACUACCGCACGCAGGACUACGUCAGCGAGAUCCGCAAGAUCAGCCCCAAAGGUCUGGACAUUAUCUUAGACCCUCUGGGAGGCUCAGACACCCACAAGGCCUUCAACCUGCUGAAGCCUAUGGGCAAGCUCAUCACUUACGGCACUGCCAACAUGCUGACGGGCCAGAAGAAGAACCUGCUGGCCGUGGCCAAGUCCUGGUACAACCAGUUCUCCACCAACGCCGGCAGCCUCAUUCACUCCAACAAGUCUGUGUGCGGCUUCCACCUUGGCUACCUGGACGGAGAGUAUGAGCUCAUUUCACAGGUGGUGGCCAAACUGCUGGAGCUCUACAGCCAGGGCAAGAUCAAACCCCGCGUGGACUCCACCUAUCACUUUGAGCAGGUGGGAGAUGCGAUGAGGCGGAUGCAAGAGAGAAACAACAUCGGGAAAGUAAUCCUGCUCCCGGAGCCAAAGAAGGAAGAGGAGAAGAAGGAAGAAGAGAAGAAAGAAGAGGAGAAGAAAGAUGAGAAGAAAGAGGAGAAGAAAGAGGAGCCCAAUAGCGAGGAGGCCAAGAAGGAGGAGAAUUGAAAUGGAGAGCCAGAUAGAGUCAGGAAGGCCACUGAGAGCCCAUCUCCUGGGGGCAGGGUUUUAUUUUAUUAUUUUGCGUGUGUGUGUGUGUGUCUGUGUGUGUGUCUGUGUGUGGGUGUGUGUGUCUAGGGGGUGGGGUGGUUUUACAGCAGUCUGAGUCACCCAGACCGACUCUCAGCCCACCCACUCCUCUCUAGCAUUGGUACCAUCCAGCCCUGGUCCUGCAGAUUCCACCCUUACCUUCUCUCUCUGUGCGUAUGGUUCGGUUUUCCGUGAGUGAGCUUGCCGGUCACACACAGCUGAAUUUGCUUAGCUAAACCUAUAAACGCAGCUUUCAAAUGAAAUUUUCCCGGAGUGAUGAAAAUCAGGCCCCUGAUCUGUGAACCUGUUGAAUUGCAUGCUUAUUUAGAAUGGAGGCAUCAGAGGACUACAGAUGGUAUUCCGGUCCAGAGCUGGUGACUGUUGCUGUGACAACUGUGUUACGAGACUCGCAGUGCCUACCCCACCCUCUGGCAGACCUGAUGCGGUUUAGAUUCCUCUGAGUGCCCCCCCCCCCCCCACGAUUCACCCUGCCCCUGUUCCAACCCAGACUCACAGACAGGCAGAAAGAUUUUAGGCAGAAAACCUUGCCACCUCCCCAUCCAGUCUCUCAUGUUUCAGACCCUGUGCUAAUGAUGUCAUUUAGUCGUAGCAGAAGAUGAGUCAGUGUUGCAGGUGAUUGGUUGUUUGCUGCCUGGCACGAUAUGGCUGCAUGUGAACCUGCUGACUUCCAGUAAGGAGAGUCAGCACGUUAUCUCCUGCAUGUAACGAGCACGCACCUGUUUAACUGUGGUGAAGACCCAUUAUCUAUAGCUUCUUAGUAUCUCCUGUGAUUGUUUAUUUUAUUUAUGUCUAUAUUAUUGACAUAUCUGAAGCGUUAUCAGGAUUAUUGUUGCGCUACACUGGUUUUCAUCUACUAGCACUAAAUUUUUCCGUUAUCUAUUUUGUCAGAGAUUUAACAGAAUGAUUUUAAUGUGGCUUCAUUAAUCAUGUUUUCCGGUUGUGUCAUUGUGAUAGUCCGCAGAGAUGCUAUCACUUUUAAAGAUUACUACACAUUACACAGAGUACUUACAUUCACAAGUACUGGUCGUUAUGGGGAGAAGCUAAAAUAUGUAAAAUGACAAUAACAGGGGCAUUAUUCCAUUUGACAGGACUGGUGUCUCUGCCAGUUUUACAGAAUCAUCGUCCAGCGUUAGUGUCCCUCCCUCCGCCGUCCGUUAAAUUCUGAUCGUUUCUCUGGAUCCAGUCGUUCAUCAUUUGCUGUGUGCCGGGAGAGCAUUGCUCUCAUGCAACCUUUACCCUUUCCUUUAACGCAGGCCUGCUUCCUCUUCUCCACCUCCCUCUCUCUCUCUGUCUCGCUCUCUCUCGAUAUUCAAGCUGGUCGGCAUGGCAACAAGAAUCCAGCUUGUCAGAGAUGGUGACAAGGUCUGCCUCUCUCUCUCGCUCUCUCUCACUCUCUCUUUCUCUCUCUCUCUGCCUCUGUCUUUCUCUCCAGUCAGAAGCGCAGGUUUGCACAGCCCACUCUCCCCCUACUGAGAAUGUUAGGGAUUGCUCUGAACAAAUCCUCUCGCAGUGGACCAUUGGCUACAGCACAGGAAGGUGGCCAGUCACUCAUCAGAUAUUGUAGGGUGAAGAGGGAUGGGGUUGCCACUUCAGGAUCCCCCUCUUUUGUGGAACAGGGUGUUGAUAUUUCAAACCCCCCCCCCCCCUCAUUAUUUUAUCCACCAAGACCAAACUGAGUGUGGGCAUUAUACAUAUGUGGGCUUCUACCAGAGAUCCUCUCAGAUGAGCCCUCACUGUUGGUCAUGUGUUCAGCAGUCUGUUCGAAGGAUCUGAAUGCAGGUGACUGUCUCUUUGCUCUUCUUUGUCUAUAUGCCUGCACAGUCCUAGUGCUGCCCCAAUUGUAAAACUGAGGUUUCGUUUUUGAGUUCUGGAGAUUCACUUUCCAUCUGAUUAAAUGGCAGGCGGUCAGUACUGGGAAGAGUGGCCCCAUUGUUUAAAUUCUGUUAGUGACUGACUAAAAUGCCUCAAAUAAACAAAAAAAACUGAGUGUUUGCUGUGGAAACUUGGUGCAGGAAUACGCCAUGGCAAUGCUGCUCUAAUGGGAACAGCACUGCCCCUUCUGGUUUCCUCAAGAAUAGCGAUUAAUUGCUGUGAUGACACUGAAUCACUGUGAGCAGGGGUCUGCAACCCUGUUCCAUGAGGGCCAAACGUACCUGUUGGUUUAUGUUCACACCUUAAAAUCAACAUUAAGACUCCAGGCCCCAGAAACCCUUUGGCUCUCCAGGAUCAGAGUUGCAGACCCUGGACUGUGAGGGCUCAAGCCCCAUGUGCUUACUUUCAGCAGUACACUCCCCUACAGUACACUCCCCUACAUUCUGUACGUCUGUGGGUCCAGACCAGGUCUGUGGUGGCUCAGCUCUGACCAGUGACUUUGUAAAGUUUUAAAAGUUACGAAUUGUUCUGUCACGUGUGUGUGUUGUUAGUUGGUGUAUGUAUGUGUGUGUGUGUGUGUGUGUCUUUGUAUGUCUGUGCGUGUGUGUGUGUCUGUCUGUCUUUGUAUGUCUGUGUGUCUGUGCGUGUGUGUGUGUGUGUGUGUAUGUGUGUAUUUUUGAGUAUGUGCGUUCAGUACAUCUGUGCGUUUGUGUGCCCUUAGUGUGUGUGUGAGGACAUUGGCUAAUCGCAUUUACCCCAUUCAUUACUAGCUUUAUCCUCCACAAUCUCCAGUCUGAUGCUUUUCCCUUCCCACACUCAUCCUCUCCAUCGCCCCCUCUCCUUUCCCUGGCCCGUGCUCUGUAGUAUGUGUCAAGACGGUUGUUUUUGGUAUUUUGCACGCUGCUGGCUGAUUUUAUUGCACUCGGUGGGAUGGAAAUCACACACCCAGUGCACAGCAGAUCCGUUCCAGGUUUUACUGCUUGCAUUCCUGCUAUUUCUGCUGCCAAGCAAGUCAAUAUAAAUCUAAGUCUGUGAAUUCACCUGAAACAAAGAGACAAACAGUCGGUCCCAGUGCUCAGAGAUAACGUGCAUUUGCCUGCAGCUGGUAAGACCUGGGACGGCUUCCAGUCCGCUUUGCAUUCGGGUUUUUUUUUUCCUACCCCAGCCUAUUGGGGGGGUUUGUGUUCUCUAAGGGUCUGUUCUGUUAUGCUGGGCUAUUUGUAUUCCUGUGAAUGGUGGUUUGGUUGUCAGUAGAGUAUUGUGUGAGUAACAAACGUUAAGUGAAGAAUGUUGUACUUUCUAUAUUUUCCAGUUUAAGGGUUUAAAGCUCAAAGUCACACUUAACACAGGGACCUGAUACAUUCCUUAAAUGUGAUUCCAUUUUUUAAUGCUUCGUUGCUCCGAACAAGCGUGCCAAAUCAUAUGUAAACUUCUCGCUAUGCCUUUAAGAAAACAGCAUUUAUUGCAAAAAAGACACAAAAAACUACUCAACAGAUUUUUGUGUUGCUUCCCAAAGCAUUAUGAAUUUCUGGCAACUUAAACAGUUUGAAACAAGUUUUCCGCUAACCUUGUGCAUAACUGUAGUUACAAUAUAACUACAGAGUUAUGGCUUCUCAUCUCAGAGCCUGUGACUGAAGCUCCUUGGGCUUUUUGUUUUGCUGCAGUGCUGAUCUGUGCCAUUUGUUUUUCAUUUCUCUAGUGGAAUUCAGGUACUCCUUGUGCCUCACACCCCAACCCCCUCUCAAAAAAAAUACCAGUUUACCUCCAUCAACUGCUUAUCCUCAUGAACCACUCUGCACUGUUUCUGGAUCAGCUUGUACCAAGGGCCCGUUGACUCCAAAAUAGGGUACAGGGAUUUGCACUUGUCUGUUCAUCAGACCACACAAUUUAUUUCUGCAACAACAAGAAAAAUAACAAACAGAAGCACUGCGUUGCUGUGGUGAAUACAUUUUCUGAGGUGUGAUUCAGGCACUUGCAUAGGGACACAGAGCAAAACACAGACCCACUCUUCCCAUUAUAACUGCAAGAAAACCCAAAAAGGUUCCCGGUCUGCCCGAGUUGUAUUUUUGAGUAUUUCGGCGACAUUCCUCUGGCACGCAUCACCGGAUCUCUUCCUCGCGGCUCUUUAGGAUGACUCCUCGCGGUCUGGGAUGUGAGCGAGGAGGAAGAAAAUGUUUUUCCCAGCUGCGAGAGCGAGUCGCCAGCUGCAAGGAAGCUGACCUCCGCGUCCGCUCAUCGCCCGCUCGACACUUUCCGCUCUUUCCGCGUUGUCUCGGCAGACUUUGCUGGUGUCGCUUUCAACACUCUUUGUCACCCAGUGAAAGGAAAACAAGACGUUUCCAUCUGCAGUAGAAGAGGGCUGCAGUUUUCACUGCCUGUUCGUGUCAUUCGCUUCAGUCGCUGAAUGGUGUUGUAAAUUUUGGCUGCGGCUGAGACAGUCUCGCCAGAGGAUGGGAGGGAACUGCGAGUUUUCGUAAGGAGGGUUGCUUCUCGAUGAUACUGUUUUCCCUCAGAGGGUACCUGUAUCCUGAUGGAUUUUCCAGAUUUGUCUCUCCCCCCACACCCUGAAAAAUAAUACGUUUCAAACCAAGCCCAUACCGAGUUUUUGAUGCAAACUGGAACUGCAAAUGUUAUGGCCAUCAGUCCCAAGUGUUUAUCAUCAGGACUGUAGUUCCAGUUCCUUAAAUGAUUACACAAUCAAGUUACACAAUAGAUGUGCCAUACCCACAGUGCAUCCAUAGAGUUGUUUUUGAAGUGUGACUUCUUUAUGUGCCCACAAAUACGCUUAUUUGAUUGGUUAGGACCGCAGUAUUCAGGGAAAAUUGUCAUUAGGAAUAUUGUGAUGUGUCUCACUCUCCGUUGUUUUCAGUAUUUCAGUAGUAUCAGGUCAGUGCAAACUGCGGUCGGCAUUCGGCGCCGCCCAGCGACACGUUUUCACUGGCAGACGCUUUGUUCUCACGUGCGAGUGCUUGUGUAGUGUUCACUUUUUAGUUCACAGUCCGGUUCCCCGUCACUGUGGUUUCCCCUGCCAGGCUGGCCAUAUUUUUGUAAGGCUUAUGCACAGUGUGGAGUCAAAGCAGUAUGAUUUAGAUGCCUUUUCAGUACAGUCUACGUGUCAACGGCCAAUUUGUCGGCGUCCCCCUGAGAAUGCAGGCCACAGGAGGCUCUUGUUACAAGCACAGAGAUCACCUUUAGCUGGUGGAUGGAAAAACUGGCUUUCUUACUCUGUAGAGUGCCCGUGUUGUCCCCUCAGUGUUUGCAUUUUUAAGGUUUCAGAGGAACGCGACUUCCUGUUCCUCCCUUUUGUGUUUGAUCGAGGUGCCAUUGUCCUUGUCUACAGCACUGCCUGCGUUGCUGAAGCAUGAUUGAAAGUUCAUUGAUACGUACCUCUGUCACUGUAGCACUGAAGGACUGAGCCUCUCCAUCACAUCUACCUGUGCUUGCAACGAGAUAUUACACAGGCGCGUUGUCUCAUCUUCUAAUGUUUCAUUUGAAUCAGUGUUUCACACAAACCACCUUUUUCCUCUUUGUAUUUAAACCCUUUGAGUAAAUGCUGCUUCUGUGCUUGAAUCCGGGUCGACCACGUUGUGUGAUGCUGUUCACAUGGACUAGAACUUGUAUUGCUUCUCUGCAUAAUGUUACCAUAUGCCUUACAUGUUUUCCGAAAUUAAUAAAAAGCAUAACAAAA